GUCCUUCUGGACAUGCUGCUGCCUGGCCACGCCUCCUUUCCCUUUCAUCUUUCUCACUGACCAAUGGGCUUGGAGCAUUAAGGCCACGCCCCUAUUCUGCAUUCUAGUGGGGCCCUGGUUACGCCUCUUGUGGCUCAGUCGCACAGCUGCCUGGUAGGUGACCGGAGGCAUUCAGCAGUGCUCACUGGGAUUUCGCUGAGGUGGCCCCAACCCCGCCUCCCUCCACAUCCCGCGAUGUCAGAAAAAAUACAACAGGGGAAAUUGGCCGCAGCCAAGAAAAAGGUGGAGCAGCUACAAGAGGAGACCAACCACCUCAGGAAGGAGCUGGAGAACAUGGGAAGACAGCUGCAGGCCGAGGUGGAAAACAAUCAUUUGUUGAGUCUCCUCAACAUGAGACAGGAGGAGAGGAUACAUGAACAAGCUGAAAAGAUACGUGAACUGGAGACGAGGCUGUGCCAGCAGAAGCUGCCAGGGCAGGAGAGGCUGCUGGAAGUGGUGGAGAAGCUGUUAGAACAGGAGAGGCGGCUGGAGGAGCAGGAGAGGCGGCAGGAGGAGCAGGAGAGGCUGGUGGAUGAGGUGGAGGAGCUGCUGGAACAGCACAGACUUCGGGAGCAGGAUGAGAGGCGGUGGCAGCAGGAGACUUUGCGGGAGCUGGAGAGGCUGCGGGAGCUGGAGAGGAUGCUGGAGAACAACGAGAACAAGAGCACAGUCCAGUUGGAGGAGCUGAAGAAGCUGGGUGGAGCUGAAGAGCCAAGAGGCUCAGAGUGUGCAGCAGCAGCCAGACCGGUACCUGUGUACCGCUCCAGGAGCCCCAAUCCCACAGGAGCUGGGGUGUUGUUGACAAGCAGCGUGGACUCCCCAGGAGCACCCAGGCUUGGCUGGAGAAGCUGUUGGUACAGGAGAGGCUGCAUGCCAUUCUUUUCGGGCUGCCGAGAACAGGGAGAUAAACAUCACCAUCAGCGAAGCGCUGGUCAAGAAAUUAAAAAAAAAAAAAAAAGUUAAGGGGUUAAUCUCCUACACAACUCAUUUACUUCAUUUGAAAGUUAGAGCCACUUAUGUUUAUUUGUGUUUCCAAUUUAUAGUUUAAAUUUGUGUUUCUAAUUUACAGUUUAAAUUUAUUUGUGUUUCUAAUUUAUAGUUUAAAUUUAUUUGUGUUUCUAAUUUAUAGUUUAAAUUUAUUUGUGUUUCUAAUUUAUAGUUUAAAUUUAUUUGUAAAAAGUUAAAGGAGAGUGGGUCUUUCCCUCGUGUUCACUCUGACAUCCUUUAGCAUUUUUUUUAAAUUUGAUAAUUAUAGGACGUUAGCAUGCAUAUCGAGUUUGCCCUUAUGUGGUGGGAGUUCAAACACACAAAGACCCACUAUAUGCACUCAACUGUUCUUGCUGGUUUGGGAUAGGCUGCCAUGCUUUUUCAAUGUUAGUGCAGCAUGUAUAUUCAUUAGAGAAUUCAGAUAAAAUUUGCUUACGUUCUGCUGUUAUGUUUGAUCGAAUCCUAAUCACAGUGAGCUCUUCAUUAGCUCAAUAUGUGGUUUGCCCUCCAGUGCGCAGUUUAUUACUUUGUAAUAUGCCACUGUGAGUACUGACAUUUACAGCUGUUUAAAGGCGGAACACUGGAAACAGCCUUUCCCCCUUUUUCUGUGUAUUGGGGAUGGGAGUAAUAACAUUUUGGGGAGCUUUUUAAAUCUCCCAGAAGAGGAGAGUGGCCUGCUCUGGCAGGUGUGUGCAGGAUAGAAGAUGUUUCAUUUGUUCCGGUGCCAAGAAUGAGCACUGUACUAUGGUAGUUCCCUUAGGAUUUGUAUGUGCUCUGGGCUCAUGAAGAUACUGCAUCAUGAGCUGUGGCAGUUGUACUCUUUUUUGACGACCUGAAAAGGGAUUAUUUCUGAGGAAUGAAAGGCUCCCAUCAUGACUCUGGAUGUGGAAAACCUUUUGUAGCUUAGAGCAUUUGUAUCUACAAUACAUUUUAAAGUCAGAGUUCACGUUCCCUGUUUUAAUCACAUGACUACAUGUCCCAGUACACAAAAAGGCACUGGUUGGCAUUCUUCUUAAUGUAUUUAGUAAAGAUCAGAAGAAAUCCUUGAAGAGUUUAAAUGUCCCUGGAACAGGCAUACAGGCUCUAGUCAAGAAUGAAUUCGAGUGAAGGAAAGCUGUGUGACACCUGGCAUUCCUCUAUGUUCAUGGAGCUUAUUUGAGGCUAGAAGAUGGAUUUUACCAUCUAGACCUCUCUGGCUAAUGCCUAGUCUUCAACCAUCUGACAUGGGAAUUUACUUCUUUUCUUUGAAUGGAAAACACUUUAAAAAUAAUAAGAAACGUUACUAUAAACUAACACAUGUGAGAGUACUUAGUUGAAACAAAAAGGAGUUUUAGUAGACAGUAUUAUACUACAUUUGAAAAUCAAGGAGAAAUUGAUGCAACUUAAAAUGUUUACAAACUGCAGCGCAAUCUACUGUUUGUGAAUGUCAAAGUGUUAUGAGGAAAAGUGUCUAUACAAUUACAGAGUUAUAUUUCCUCACAAAGUUCUUUACGAAGAGUGAAAUAUGUUUUUACACCUGUCGGUUUCAGUUAGAGGCAUAUUUUGUGUAAUAUUUAUGUUAAUGUGCAUGAUCAAUGAAUUAUUUCAGUCAUGUGUUGCCUAAAUCAUAACUGGAGGAUGCCUGGGAAAGAAUCAACAGCUAAAACUUCAUGAAGUUCUAAUGUCUGUGUUCCAAAAUACAUCAUAUCAUUAGGAUGCAGGGAGAGUUGUAUCUGCGCUCCCUGGGGUGGGCAUUUCUAGUUACUAGACCAUCUCCAUUUUUAGCAUUUGGCAUCCUCAUGAUACUUUUAUAAAUAUGACAUUAAUAGAUCAAUAAUAGGAUUUUACAGAUUGAAUAAGAGAAUUGCCUGCAUUCACUGAAAGAGUGCAAAUAUCGAGCCCUUGUGACUUCAAUUGACUCUUCCAAAUUGUAUGAAUUUAUCAAUGUAUUAGAUAAACUCAGUUUCAGAAUGAUAAAGAAAAACUGUUAGACCAAAUAAUGUGGCUACUUAACAGUGGCAGGAUUUCCAGCCCAAGGGUUUAAAAUGGACUUAAGGUCCUGUUCUUGCCUUUUAUUUUCUGAACUUGCCGCUUUUGCAUUCUUUGAGUUCAGUUUAAAGACAGUUACUUUAAGUCCAUUUUAAACCCUCGGGCUGGAAAUCCUGCCACUGUUAAUUAGCCACAUUAUUUGGUCUCACAGUUUUUCUUUAUCAUUCUGAAACUGGGUUUACCUAAUUCAUUGAUAAAUUAUUUCAAAGGUAUUUUUAUAGUUCAAAUCACUUCACUUUUACCCUGACACAUAUAAAUGACUAGGAAUGACCUUCAGAUAGCGUUUAGCAUCUGCAACCAAUCUGACAAUAAUGUGUUCAUCAGGUACCUAUGGAUUAAAUCACAUACGGGCAUAUUUAAGCUGAAUGUCAGUCGGAAAAAUAAAUGUACUGUAUUAACUGAAAUACCACUCUUUGUGUAGGUAUUUUGUCAUAUGUUUAACAAAAAGCUAAAAAGAACGGAAAUCGUGUGACAAUAACUUAAGUCUUUCUUCAAAGUGCACGCAGUCUUUUGCAAUACCUCAUUCAGCCAAGUGUUUGCGCUCUUCCUCAUUCAGUAAAAGGCAGCUUUCAAUUUGCUUAGAAGGCAACAUUAGAAGGUUAGAGAUCAUCAGAAACAGAAUUUUAAAAUGUGAGUUUAACUGAAUAAAUGUGAAUUUCUGUAGGAAGAAUCAAAAUACCUAUCUAAAGACUGCAAUAUAUGAUAAUUAUUUUUAAGUAUUUCAUUAAACCUGAUAGGUUUUCUCAAAAUGAAAAAAAUCAGUUCUAAAACCAAAGCUAAUUUUUUGAAAAUGUGAAAAUGUAAAUCAGCCCUAUCCAUAAUAUAAUUUCUCUAAAACUUUGUUAGUCAUUUAAAAAUAAUAUAACCAUUCAAAAAUGUAACUGCUAUCUUAAUGUUUUGAAAUCAGUUAAAACAUUUUAAAUACGAAUACUGUAGUUUAAAAGAAAGAAACCAGGGGAAGGAAAAGUAGAGAAAGAAAUGCCAAUUCCAGUCCAAAGCUUUAUUUGCCAAGUUUUCUUAGAAUGACUUUUACCUACUUAUCAAUUCUUACAAACAGAAUGUAUAAUGGAAAUACUGACUUUUGCCUAAAGUGGCAUUGUUGACUGCUGUGAUGUUACUGUAAUGUAAUAAAUUAUGAAAUUGUUGCAAA